AUGAUGGACUAUCAGUUCAAAGUGGAAUACAGGCCCGGAAAGAACAACAUCUCGGAUUAUACGUCAAGACACCCAUUACCUCGAGAAGAAUGUUCAAAAAAAGAGCUAAGCACGAGCAAAGAAAUCAAGCAAUAUGUCAAUUAUAUGCUUCAAAACAACAUCCCACGAGUGAUUGGAAAAGAAGAAUUGAAAAAAAACGUGGAAGAAGACCCAACAUUGCAAAGACUCUCGGAGUGUAUUGAGAAAGGACGAAUGGGGAAUUCUGAAGACAUAAUCGCGUAUAGGCAAAUUUUUUCAGAAUUGACGUUGGUAGACGGGCUGAUUAUGCGAGGUGAAACAAUUGUAAUACCCGAAACGUUACAGAAACAAAUGAUACAGAUUGCGCACGAAGGACACCAAUAGUACAUACCAAACAAAUGCUCCGAGCUCAUGUCUGGUUUCCAGGAAUCGAUGCAGCAGUGGAAAAAUACGUUGGUAGAUGUAUUGGAUUCCAAGCAACCACACCUUCAAACCAUAGAGAACCUUUAACAAUGACCAAAUUACCCGGAGGGCCGUGGGAAAGAGUUAACAUGGAUUUCGUAGGACCAUUGCCGAAUAAAGAUAUGAUUCUGGUACUGUGGGACCAAUACGCUAAGUACCCAGUGGUUGAAUUUGUUACCACAACGGCAGCGGAAUCAACAAUACGUGUAUUGGAUCAAGUGUUCACGACGUUCGGUUUACUGAAGCAAAUAAAAACCAGGGCGAAGGGAGAGAGGGCGUAGAAACAGCCAUACAUCGAGCGGACCCAUCCGUGAUGCGGGCUUUGCGGGGGGUAAGACAUUCUAAUUGUAAACAAAUAUGGCUACGCAUAUAUGACCCAUCAGAAGGUAUGCUGAAACUAUUGCUUUAUAAAAUAUUACUUGUGUAAAAUUUAUAUGUUUUUGUUACUUUCAGCUACUAUAAGAAACUUAAAGAUAAGAUUUAAGUAACAAAAAACUUUAUUUCGGGUGUUAUUUUAUUUAUAUACUCUGUUUAAUUUGGUGGUUAAAAAUGGCCGUCGAAAUGUUGUCCGAGAGUGUUAGCACGCACUGCUUCCUGAUAAAAAACCAAUGAUUUCCAAAACCUAAAUUAUAAUUUGUUAUUAAGUUAUGAUGAAAACCUUUGCGUAUACAAAAUUAUAGAGUGAGCAAACAUGAGACAGAUAGGUUUUGAACCUUUCAAAGUUCGAGGUCGAAUUGACAAUUGAAGUAGUACCAAACUCCAAGCUGAAUUGUGCAACUAAAUCGUGUAUAUUUUUGUCAAUUUUGUUCGCUGGCUUUGUUAAAUUCACUUGCAAUGUCUCGACAUAAGUUACAACAUACAAACUGAGCAGAGCCCAUGAAAGAGCUAUCCAUACCCAUACAGUCAUUCAGCUUCCUUGCUAUUUAGAAAUUGUUGCCCAUUAGUUGAAGAAGAAUUGCUAUUGUAUGCGCUUGUUUGCACUUCCUUUCCUGAAAAAGGCUACAAUAUUAAGGCUAAAUAGCAGAAAAAUAUGACCCAAUAAUCCAUGCAAUUAAAAAUAUCUAUCAAAUUAACUUCAAAAAUCAUGAUUUGAAGAAUUAUAUCUAUUCAGGCAACCCAUAAUUUAGUGACAGGUCUUGGCAAGGUGAAAGCUGAAAGGAACCCUUAAGAUGGGUGUACUACAAAACUAUAUUGACUGAAGUUUUGGAAACAUUUAACUAAAUUUUGAAGGAUUGACUUGCAAACUGUGAUUCAGUAUCAUCGAAUUUUACACUUCUGGAGAAGUUGUGGCUCUGUUAGUGCCAUUUCUUUCAUUGUUUAUAUAUCUUGCUUUUAAGCAUUGCUGGCUUAUAAAAUCUUUCAAUUCCUUAGGGCCUGUUUAUAUGAUCCCGCCUAGAUGCAUGGGACGGGACGUUUUCAUCCCGCCAAGACAGGAUACUCGCCUAGUGUUUAUAUGGACAAAAUACAUUGCCGGGAUGAAACCAUUCGGUGCUUGACGUCAUAUUUUUGUUGCAAUAAACUGCAUUUACGCAUGCCCAAAAGGGAAAAAUUAAUUCCGCCUAACCGGGAUAAAGUGUUUAUAUGAGAAUUUUUCAUCCCGGCUAGGUGGGAUGAAGUGUUUUUAUAUGUGAAUUUUUCAUCUCGCUUGGGCAGGAUCCCGGCAUCUGUUGCCGAAAUUUAACCAGUCUAGGCGGGAUAAGUGGCGGGAUCAUAUAAACACUCUUUAGCAUUUGUAUUAUGAGCGGGAUCUCGGUAAGCAUCCCAUCCCACCUGGCCGGGAUCAUAUAAACAGGCCCCUAAUCUCAUCCCAUGAUACUGAAUCACAGUUUGUAAGGCCCCAUUUACAUGAGACCAGGAUGAAACCAACCUGGAAUGAAAAUUGAAAUUGCAUGUCAACAUGUUUACAUGAGACCAGUAUGAAAAUCACAAAAUUUUCAAUUUAUUCCCCUUGCCAGGCAAUUUUAUUUUUUAGAUGACUUUUGUUAGCAUGUGUUGUUCACUUGUUCCAAUGUCAACAUUCAUUCCAGUCUGAAUUCAUACUGGUCUGAGUCAGUCGGCUUGGUCCAGCAGGCGGAAUGACUUGAGAUCUCAUGUAAACAUCUAUUAUAUAUAAUAUAACCAAAACGAAAUGGUCCCGGUUAAUUGACUUCGUUCCAGUCUCAUGUGAACUGGACCUAAUAAAAUCCUUCAAAAGUUGGCUAAAUUUUUCCAAAACUUCAGUCAAUAUAGUUUUGUAGUACACCAAUCCCAAGAUCUGUCACUAAAUUAUGGGUUGAUUGCCUGAAUAGAUAUAAUUCCUCAAAUCAUGAUUUUUGAAGUUAAUUUGAUAUAUAUUUUUAAUUGCAUGGAUUAUUGGGAUUUUCUGCUAUUUAGCCUUAAUAUUGUAGACUUUUUUCAGAAAAAGAAGUGCAAACAAGCGCAUACAAUAGCAAUUGUUAAUUCUUCAACUAAUGGGCAACAAUUUCUAUAAAUAUGAAUGACUGUAUGGGUAGUGGACUAUGGAUAGCUCUUUCAUGGGCUCUGCUCAGUUUGUAUGUUGUAACUUAUGUCGAGCCAUUGCAAGUGAAUUUAACAAAGCCAGCGAACAAAAUUGACAAAAAUAUACACGAUUUAGUUGCACAUUUCAGCUUGGAGUUUGGUACUAUUUCAACUGUCAAUUCGACCUCGAACUUUGAAAGGUUCAAAACCUAUCUGUCUCAUGUUUGCUCACUCUACAAUUUUGUAUACGCAAAGGUUUUCAUCAUAACUUAAUAACAAAUUAUAAUUUAAGUUUUGGAAAUCAUUGGUUUUUUAUCAGGAAGCAGUGCGCUCAACACUCUCGGACAACAUUUCGACUGCCAUUUUUAACCACCAAAUUAAACAGAGUAUAUAAAUAAAAUAACACCCGAAAUAAAGUUUUUUGUUACUUAAAUCUUAUCUUUAAGUUUCUUAUAGUAGCUGAAAGUAACAAAAACAUAAAUUUUACACAAGUAAUAUUUUAUAAAGCAAUAGUUUCAGCAUACCUUCUGAUGGGUCAUAUACGCGUAGCCAUAUUUGUUUACAAUUAGAACGUCUCACCCCCCGCGAAGCCCACAUCACGGAUGGGUCCCGCUCGAUGUAUGGCCGUUUCUACGCCCUCUCUCCCUUCGCCCUGGUUUACAUUGUAUCGGAUCACUUUGCGUCCGACGCAAAAACCAUACCGGAUAGGGCUUCUGUUUACAUAUGAAAUGUUGUUAUCGUCUCAAUUUCUGCAACGGACCGGUGGUGCGGCGUUCGCUCUUCGAAGUGGUGCGCGAUGUAUCGGAUCGCUUUUUGCAACGCUCUCAUUGCAAUGUAAACACCAAUCGGAGCAAUUUUCGGUUCAAUGCGUGACUCAAGAUGGCAUCAGGGAAACAAAGACUUGCUAUUCUAAUCUUAUUUGCAGGUAUAGCUUGCUCACUUAUAAUAUUUUUGUAUUUAGUUGGGCGAGGGCGGAAGCUGUUUAUACUUGGACCGUAACGUUUCGUGAACGAAGCAAAAACCGAUCCGAUACAAUGUAAACAUAGCCCUAAAGUGUUCACAUCAGAUCAGUGAAAAUGCUCGUCGGAAAAACUCAGUAUUUGUCGUAUUUUACAAAUCUGUCACGUGAUUUACCACCGCCCGUACACGGUACACCGCGACACUUAGAGCUAUAUGAAAGAAUCUUGUUUAUGUUUAUGUUUAAUGAUUAGAUUGUAAUUGUUAAUAUCAUAAUUCCGCGAUCCAUAUGUUGGCUCGAAACAGGGAUGCCGGAAGUUGCUGAGGGCAAGGGGUGCAAUUGGUUAACAAGAAGGCAUACUCCUUAACAAAAGGCACCAAUGAAAAUGAAAGGGCGUCAUGAUCCAACAUUCGUGUCAACCUCCCUCCCCGUCACCAAAUGUUUUCGGACCGAAUACAAUUAUUUAGGCACAAUUCCUCCGUAAUUUCUCGCCAAAAAUUCCAUAAGUGAUGCUUUCCGUUUCACCUUUCGCCAAAUGGAUAACAAUUUUGCCGAAUUCCUGACGACUGGGGGGUGGAACACCCCCACAUACAUCCUCGAACGACAUUUAAUUCUGUCUGUUGUAAAAGUUUUGUGCACCCGGUACACCCAUAGUCGGCACCCGCACUGCACCCACAAAGUUGAAAAUGCAAAAGGCAAGGGGUGCACUUGCACCCGCUGCACCCGUGGUUCCGGCAUCCCUGGCUCGAAAGUACAAAGGAAAUCAUUGACAUCAGUGAAAAUCAGUCCUGCUCUGGAUUUAAAAAGAAGCAUCAAAUCGGCAAGAUAUUAUAUGUUACUAUAUGUUAUAUAUCAAGAUAAUAUAUUUAUUAUAUAUGUUAAUAUAUUAUGAUAAUAUAUUUAUUAUAUAUAUGUUACUAUUAUCAUUUAUAGACCUGGAGCGAGGGGGAUUCGGCGAAAUAUUACCAGAAGUGAUGAUAUUUCCCGAGGGGCUUUGAUAUAUUAUACCGAAAAUUAAAAGCCUCCAAGUUGAGAAUUAAAAACUUGACAUAUACCUUCGUGAAUACGAUGUUUUAUUUUCGGAUUAACGCAUCAGAUUUUCGAAUCACGUUCCCCGGGGAACAUGGGGUGGAACAUUGUCAAAAGGAACGCAGGCUCGCUAAUUGAUGACGUAAGGCGUGACAUCGCGAUUAAUUUCAUGCUCACGUGGCACAAACUAAGCUUCCUGAUUGGACAAUUUGAAUUUGAGGUAUAAUAUUAUGUUAUAUAUUAUAUGUUACUAUAUGUUAUAUAUUAUAUUAUUAUUAAGAUAUUAUAUAUCUUAAUUGUGUUAUUAAAUAUGCAACACAAACUUGUUCAAACUGAAGUCAUUAACAGCCAUUUGAGUGAUCAUAGCAUUGUCUUAUGUGUUUUGAAGGGUGGCCUUCAGAAACUGCCGCCGCGUAUACACGAGUCUAGAUCUUUUAAGAAUUAUUGUAAACAAUCAUUUGUUGAUGACCUUAGUAGUGUUCCAUGGAAUGUCAUUGUCAUUGAAGCGGCUGAUUCGGUUGACGAUGCUGUUUCCCUUUAGGAGCAUUUGUUUUGCAGCGUUGCAGAUCAACAUGCUCCCAUUAAGAAAAAACGUUUGAAAGGUGUUUCUUCCCCGUGGGUGACAGAAAAUCUUAUUAGUAUCCGCCAAGAUCGUGAUUACUUUCAUCGUAAAGCACGAAGGAGUAAUGGAAGGUAUCACUGGAAUAUGUACCGGAAAAUGAGAAAUUAUAUGCUUCUCGCGAGGAAAAACGUUUGAAAUCAAAAUAUUUUUGACAAAUAUUUCAUUGAGGAAUCGAAAUUUUGUCCAUGAUCAGUUAAACUAUUGGCCUUAAUAAGAUCAGCGCUCGGCUUUUAAAGGAUGCCUCGGAAGUUAUAUCACCUGUACUGACUAACUUGAUUAAUCUUUCUAUUGAACAGUCUUAUUUCCCUAACAACUGGAAGUCCGCAAAAGUCAUGGCUUUAUUUAAAUCCGGUGAUAAAUCUAACUGUAAUAAUUAUCGACCAAUUUCCAUUCUGCCGACCGUUAGCAAGAUCAUUGAACGUACUGUCCAUUUUCAAUUUUAUGAUUACUUACAAGAGAAUAAGUUAUAUACUUUCUAUUAGACAGUUUGGUUUUAGGCGUAAUCGGUCUACAUCUAGUGCCCUAUUACAGUUCACUGAUGAGUUGUUAAUGAAUAUGGAUCGUGGUAGUCACAGUAUCUGGCGUCAUCUACUUGGAUUUAAAGAAGGCAUUUGACACUGUCAACCACGCAAUUCUACUCCAAAAACUGAAACGGAUUGGUGUAGACUCAAAGUCCUUACAGUGGUUCCAAUCAUAUUUGAGUCAUCGUUAAUAAUUGUUAUUCAAACCAGUGCAAAGUGUCUAUUGGUGUAUCUUUGGGGCCCUUGCUUUUUUUGGUGUAUAUAAACGAUCUCUCGUCGUGUUUACAUCAUACGCAAGCAUCUCUAUUUGCAGAUGACACGGCGAUCUACUGCACAGCCUCUACUCCUAGUGAGCUUCAGACCUUAUCCCAUACCUGUGUUAAAAGCGGCUUUCUGAUUGGUUUAGAGCAGGUGAGCUUGUCGUCGAGCUCACCUGCUUUUUGCCGAGCUCACCUGCUUUUCGCCCGAACUCACCCGCUAAACUGCUUACGUUGCAAUAACAAUAACAAAUAUGGCGGACAAGAUUUAGCCGAUAAACCUAAAUUUAAAGAACUUUUUUCGGUGACUAACAUACUGAGACUGAAGAAAAACCAAAGAAAAAAUGCAGUAAAGGUAAUGUUGACGUAGAUAAAGAAGUAUUUUCUUGCCCAGUGAUUUUUUUGGCCGGGAAAAUGUUCACAAAACAUCGACGAAUAUAUCGCGAAGACCUACAAAUCUGUGUAUGGCUCGGUGUAUGGGAUAAAAACCAAACGUACUUGCAGGUUCGGUGAGUCCGGGAUUGGACGCACCUCCGGUGGCUGGAAGUUUCCAGAACUCACCUCGCUUCGCUCG